GUAACUCAUCAUCGCCUUUGCCUUCGCCUUCGCGGGGACUUUAUCGUUAACAGGAACAAGAAGACAUCAACGGAAAAAAUGAAAAACAUCAUGUUACCGCCGGUGACCAGAUGUUUCCACUCUCUCUGUCUCCGCCUUCUUUGAUCCGGUAUCGCCCGCCCACGCCCACCUCUCCCAACUCGAUCAAAGAAAGUACUGAGCACGGCAAACGGAGGUGGAGGAAGAAGAAGAGGAAGAAGAAGAAGGAAUCGUGAAGAAGAUACGUAACGGAUUCUUUGAUUCAGUUGUUGUUUAGAUUUCCUUCUAAAUUUAGCAGAUCCGUGUGAUUUCUACUUAACUUAGAGGGGUGAGGUAAGUUAGGGUUUUGAUAGAGGGAGGUGUUUGAAGAUGAUGAUAUCGAGGGGGUUGUUCGGGUGGUCACCACCGCAUAUACAGCCCUUGACGCCGGUUUCGGAGGUGUCAGAGCCACCUGAGUCGCCAUCGCCGUAUCUGGACACAACUGCGGAGGGGGCUGCUGCGGCUGCAGCAGCACAGGCGGAGGAUGAGGAGGAGAUCGAGGAGGUUGAGGAGAUCGAACCUCCACCUGCUGCUGUGCCAUUUUCGCGGUUAUUUGCAUGUGCUGACCGACUCGACUGGACGCUCAUGAUCGUUGGUUCGCUUGCUGCAGCAGCUCAUGGCACGGCUCUAGUUGUUUACUUGCAUUACUUCGCGAAGAUUGUCCAGGUUAUGGGUAUCCGGCACGGGAAGGGUCCGCCUGACCAGUCGUUGGAGGUGCAGGUCGAGAGAUUCAAAGAGCUUGCUUCAUCCAUUGUUUACAUUGCUGUGGGUGUUUUUGUUGCUGGCUGGAUUGAGGUAUCAUGCUGGAUUCUGACUGGAGAGCGGCAAACUGCUGUCAUCAGGUCAAAAUAUGUUCAAGUAUUGCUGAACCAAGAUAUGAGCUUUUUUGAUACUUAUGGGAAUAAUGGGGACAUUGUGAGCCAAGUAUUGAGUGAUGUGCUGCUCAUUCAAUCUGCUCUUAGUGAAAAAGUUGGAAAUUACAUUCAUAAUAUGGCUACAUUUUUCAGUGGUCUUGCUAUUGGCUUUGUCAACUGUUGGCAAGUUGCUCUCAUAACGCUGGCCACCGGUCCAUUCAUUGUUGCUGCAGGAGGCAUAUCCAACAUAUUUCUUCACAGGCUUGCUGAGAAUAUUCAAGAUGCAUAUGCUGAAGCAGCUAGUAUUGCUGAACAGGCUGUCUCUUACGUUAGGACUUUAUAUGCAUUUACAAAUGAAACUUUGGCCAAAUAUUCAUAUGCAACCUCACUACAAGCAACUCUGAGAUAUGGCAUAUUGAUCAGUCUUGUUCAAGGUCUUGGGCUUGGAUUUACAUAUGGGCUUGCAAUUUGUUCUUGCGCGCUACAACUUUGGGUUGGAACGUUCUUAGUUACAAAGGGCAAGGCUCAUGGUGGUGAAAUUAUAACAGCUCUCUUUGCUGUAAUUUUAAGUGGGCUAGGGCUGAAUCAAGCAGCGACAAAUUUCUAUUCCUUUGAUCAAGGACGCAUUGCAGCUUAUAGACUUUUUGAGAUGAUAAGCCGGUCAUCUUCUGUGGCAAAUCAGGAGGGAGGCACCCUGACCUCUGUUCAAGGAAAUAUCGAGUUCCGGAAUGUGUAUUUUAGCUAUCUGUCCCGGCCAGAAAUCCCUAUUCUCAGUGGUUUUUACCUAACUGUGCCUGCCAAAAAGGCAGUGGCCCUUGUUGGUAGAAAUGGUUCUGGGAAAAGUAGUAUUAUCCCACUAAUGGAACGGUUUUAUGAUCCUACAUUAGGAGAAGUUCUUUUAGAUGGAGAGAAUAUUAAAAACCUAAAACUGGAGUGGCUGAGAAGUCAAAUAGGACUGGUUACCCAGGAACCUGCGCUACUAAGUUUGAGCAUAAAAGAUAAUAUUGCUUAUGGCAGGGAUUCUACAAUGGAUCAAAUUGAAGAGGCUGCAAAAAUAGCACAUGCACAUACAUUUAUCAGCUCGCUUGAAAAGGGAUAUGAGACACAGGUUGGAAGGGCUGGUUUAGUGUUGACUGAGGAACAUAAAAUAAAACUGUCUAUUGCCAGAGCAGUGCUCUUGAAUCCAACAAUCCUUUUGCUUGAUGAGGUUACUGGUGGACUUGAUUUUGAAGCUGAAAAAACUGUUCAGGAAGCUCUAGAUUUGCUCAUGUUGGGACGCUCAACCAUAAUAAUAGCUCGACGGCUUGGUCUUAUUAGAAAUGCUGAUUACAUAGCUGUGAUGGAGGAGGGUCAGCUUGUUGAAAUGGGGACACACGAUGAAUUAUUAAACCUUGAUGGCUUGUAUGCAGAGCUUCUCAAGUGUGAAGAAGCAGCAAAACUUCCAAGGAGGAUACCAAUCAGGAAUUACAGGGAGACUUUCCAAAUUGAAAAGGAUUCUUCUUCAGUUAACAGCUUCCAAGAACCAUCAUCUCCUAAAUUGGUUAAAUCACCCUCUCUUCAGAGAGUUCCUGCUGUAUUUCGCCCACAGGAUGGUAUUUAUAAUUCUCAAGAUUCACCAAAAGCUCAUAGUCCACCGCCAGAGAAAAUGCUAGAAAAUGGCUUACCUACUGAUGCCAGUGAUAAGGAACCAUCAAUUAGAAGGCAAGACAGUUUUGAAAUGAGACUUCCAGAAUUACCCAAGAUUGAUGUUCAAUCCAUCCAACGGCAGAAAUCUAAUGGUUCAGACCCAGAAUCCCCUGUAUCACCCCUCUUAACUUCUGACCCUAAAAAUGAACGUUCCCAUUCUCAGACUUUUAGUCGGCCUCACAGUCACUCCGAUGAUGUACCAGUGAAAGUUAAGGAAGCCAAAGAUACCCACCAGGAGGCUCCAUCAUUCUGCAGAUUGGCACAGCUUAGUUUUGCAGAAUGGCUUUAUGCUGUGUUGGGUAGCAUUGGUGCUGCUAUAUUUGGCUCUUUCAAUCCCCUUCUUGCUUAUGUUAUUGCUCUAAUUGUAACAGCAUAUUAUAGCCCUAUGGGUGAUGAGCAUCACGGUCGUUUACAUCAUGAGGUAGACAAAUGGUGCUUGACCAUUGCCUGUAUGGGCAUAGUGACUGUUGUUGCCAAUUUUUUGCAACACUUCUACUUUGGUAUUAUGGGAGAGAAGAUGACUGAGCGUGUACGCAGAAUGAUGUUUUCAGCAAUGCUGCGCAAUGAAGUUGGGUGGUUUGAUGAGGAAGAAAAUAGUGCUGACACAUUAUCCAUGAGAUUGGCAAAUGAUGCUACAUUUGUGCGGGCUGCUUUUAGUAACCGACUUUCAAUAUUUAUACAGGACAGUGCUGCUGUUAUUGUUGCAGUCCUUAUUGGGAUGUUGCUACAGUGGCGAUUGGCACUUGUGGCAUUGGCAACCCUGCCUGUUCUCAUUGUUUCUGCCAUUGCACAGAAAUUAUGGCUUGCUGGAUUUUCGAGGGGCAUUCAGGAGAUGCAUAGGAAAGCAUCAUUGGUCCUUGAGGACGCAGUUAGAAACAUUUACACUGUUGUGGCAUUUUGUGCCGGUAACAAGGUGAUGGAGCUCUAUAGACUGCAGCUGAAGAAAAUAUUGAAGCAGAGUUUCUUUCAUGGAAUGGCAAUUGGGUUUGCUUUUGGCUUUUCGCAGUUUCUUCUUUUUGCAUGUAAUGCUCUUCUACUUUGGUACACUGCAACAUCUGUUAAAAAUCACUACGUGGAUCUGCCUACAGCCCUCAAGGAGUAUAUGGUUUUCUCUUUUGCAACUUUUGCACUUGUGGAGCCAUUUGGAUUGGCUCCAUACAUUCUUAAACGACGGAAAUCUCUCACUUCAGUAUUUGAAAUCAUAGAUCGGGUGCCUAAGAUUGACCCAGAUGAUAACUCAGCGUUGAAGCCACCCAAUGUCUAUGGAAGCAUUGAGUUGAAAAAUGUAGAUUUCUGCUAUCCAACACGCCCAGAAGUGUUGGUAUUGAGCAAUUUCAGUCUUAAAGUAAAUGGGGGACAAACUGUUGCAGUGGUGGGAGUUUCAGGAUCUGGGAAAAGCACUAUAAUAUCUUUAAUUGAGAGAUUCUAUGAUCCAGUUGCUGGUCAGGUUCUACUAGAUGGGCGAGACCUAAAACUCUAUAAUUUGAGGUGGUUAAGGAGCCACUUAGGUCUUGUUCAGCAAGAACCCAUUAUUUUUUCAACAACUAUCAGAGAAAAUAUUAUAUACGCAAGGCACAAUGCUAGUGAAGCAGAGAUAAAAGAGGCUGCAAGAAUAGCCAAUGCUCACCAUUUCAUCAGCAACUUGCCUCAUGGUUAUGACACACAUGUGGGGAUGAGGGGUGUGGACUUAACUCCAGGACAGAAACAGAGAAUUGCUAUUGCUCGAGUUGUUCUGAAGAAUGCUCCUAUCUUGUUAUUGGAUGAAGCUAGCUCAUCCAUUGAAUCAGAGUCAAGCCGAGUGGUGCAGGAAGCUCUUGAUACACUAAUAAUGGGGAACAAAACAACCAUUCUGAUAGCCCAUAGAGCUGCAAUGAUGAGGCAUGUUGACAACAUUGUAGUACUUAAUGGUGGUCGAAUUGUCGAGGAAGGGACUCAUGAUGCCUUAGUGGCAAAGAAUGGGUUGUAUGUCCGAUUGAUGCAACCACACUUUGCAAAAGGUUUGCGUCAGCAUCGACUGGUUUAGAUUGGAUGUGUAUUGGUUGUAACAUUGGUUCUGUAUAGUUUUCAUUCUCCUCAUUUUGAAUCCCUGGAGGAAAUAUUGACAUCCAUUGGCUUUCCUCGGAUAUCUAUCAGAAUUUCCAGACCUGGAAAUUACAAAUGAGAAUGAUGCGGCUUGUAGGCUUGUAAUGAUGUGUAUACGGAUGGACAGAUCAAACAGCAAGUGAGAAUGGUGAGGUUUGUAACGAUAUCUACACUGUUAAGGUGGGUGCUUAUAGCAGCGGUUGUAGUUACACUGUUUAAAAAAGUAGGCCGUAGAAGUAGAGAUUUUGAGUUUGGUUACUCGUGGGGUGAUAGAUGCAUAUUCUUUUCGGAGGCAAAGAAUCCUAACUUGGGUUCGUGCUCUGUCUUCAUAGUAUAUUGAUUUUGGUUUAUUAAUUAUAGAACUGGUUAACUGUAAUUUUUGUCCUACUAAGGUGUGUUUUUGGGAUCUUUCAUUUUUCUCCCCCUUUUUUUAAGAAUUUUGAACCCCCAUAAUUUCUAUGACUGGAUCCACGUGUUUGGAUGUAUAUAUCAUCUUUUUGAGUAAAGCUUUGGAAAUUAG